CCCUGUUGAGUGACGAUGGCUAAUAUGAUAACGGUGAUGGUGAUGAUUAUAAUGGCACCCAGCCUUGGACCGAAACGGGUCGGAGCACAACCGCAUCAGCACGUGGUCGGAGACGACCGUGGAUGGGACACUUCCUCCGACAUCGCUACUUGGUCCUCCGGUCAGAACUUCAGGGUCGGAGACAAAAUCUGGUUCGCAUACGCUGCAGCACAGGAGAGCAUCGUGGAACUGAAGAGCAAGGAUGAAUACGAGUCGUGCGAUUUGCGGAACCCCAUAAGGAUGUAUACGGACGGCUUAGAUAGCAUCGAAUUGGUCGAGGAAGGGAUUCGCUACUUCGUGAGCAGCAAGUCUGAGAGCUGCCAAAAGGGUCUAAAGCUACACGUGGAGGUGAUGCCUUCAGGGAACCCCGACACCGAAAUGCCCAAAGUGGCGGCGUCGGAGAACUCCGUUUUGGCCGACGCCGUCGCGCCGACAACCCCUUCUGGAUCGAACCCGCUUUCUGGGAACUCCAUGUGGUUAUUCAUUGGGCUAUGGCUUUGCAUUUGUAUAGCUAUUUAGUUAUGAUUUUUGGCAGUUUUCAUCCUUUUUUUAAUUAGUUAUUUAGAACCAGCUUUAGAUU